GUAAGGAAUUCCCGUCCAAUCGUAGAUCUGUACGGUUUUGACCCGCAAAAAUACGGAAAAACAAACAAGAGCUACUUUGGUUUUGCCUCAGCUUGGCUUUUCAACGAGGAAAUGUCUUUGAUAAAAACUCGGAAUGGCUAAUAAUACUUAGUAAUAGUGCCUUUUAAGAUGUUUUUCUUAUUUUAGCUGAGUAAAUAAGACAUUUAGUUUUUUACGAAACUUUAAGCUAGGCUAACCUCUCAGCCAAAACAGGCUCAUGCUAAUUCUGACAGAUGGAAGUCACUCCAAAACACGAGUAUUCAUCACCCUGCUGCCCCGAAGAGUCAAGCCCCUCGAGAUUAAGAGAAGAAAAAAGUCAUCCAAAGCUCAGCGCUUCACUGAGGGAAAGAUUGAAAAGAUCCAGACGCUCCUUUGUGUCCCCCGUCUCUGUGGCCAAACGCCUUUGCGUGGACGACGCAGAAGAUGAAGGGCCACACAUGUCACCAGACUCCAAGGAGGCCAUCAGACAGCCGGCAGAAAUCACACCGAGUGUCGAUGACGACAGAAGAGACGUGCAGUCAGGCAGCGAGCGUUCGCCUGAAGCCUUUUUACAACACCUCAGGAAAGAGGUCAAAGAAAAAACGGAGACUCUACGUCGACUCAAGAUGGUGAAGAUGUACAGAAGCAAGAAUGAUUUAACCCAACUUCAAACUUUGAUCGACAAGUGGAGGUGUUGUUCCCAGAACGCGCUGUAUGAACUCCAGUCAGACGUCACUGUGGACGGACGAAGGGCUAAUCUGUCUGAGCUCAUAGACCUCUUUGGUUUGGAUGAUCACUUUCUGCACUUUGAUCGCUCAGAGGAGGACUUCACUACUUAACACUUUCUAUGUUUACAAAAAAAGUACAAUUUCAUCUGCAAUUUCACUUUAUUUGUUGUCGCAGGUUGUUCACAGCAAAAGACAUUUCAUGUUUAGAUCAGUCUUUAAAGUAAAUGUUCAAAAAAAACAUUUCACUCAGCUGUAUUUCAGCUGAUAGACUGAGGUGAAGUUCUUCUUCGUUAGACGUUCAACUUCCGCAAAAAGGGCGGUCAGUUCCUCUGCUUGUGCUUUGACAAGAGCCUUCAAGUUGCUUUUCACAGCAAGCUCCAGGUGCCGCUCUUUUGCUUUUGCUCGCUCAUGUUCAGGACCUAAACGACAAAAAUACAAAAGAUAAAUAUUUACGGGAUAAAUUAAUCAGAAGCAGAAACCGAUGUUUACGACCUGCAGCUUCGCAGACGUGUCUCAGCUGCGCCACAUCCACUCGUAUGUCAGGAAGCUUCAGCUCCAGAGUAGAAGUCUCUUUGUUUUUCACAUCAGUUUGUUUACUAAUCUGUUUGAUUUCCUUCGUGCACUGCCGGAUGGACUGUUGCUGAGCCUGAAAGUGAGAAAAGUUGUUAAUAAAAACCAUAAAAAGAAACCUUUGUCGCUUUUUCAUGUUACCUCAGUCAUGGAAGCCAUGUUUUUUUCCAACAUGGAUGCUUUUUGAGCGAUGCGAGUGCCUUGUUCGGACUUGCUGUAACGCUGGAAAUAAAAAAGAAAAAAUGCAUUAAUU